AUGACUCAAUCAUCAACAUCCCAUCGUCGCUCCCCUUCCUCUCCUCAUGCUCCCAAGUCUAAGCCCAUCGUCCGUCCUGCUCUUCAUCGCCGUGGUACCUCCGGUAUCAGCCUCUCCAUUUCCAAGCUGGGCUCGGGUCAAUCUACCCGAUCGCAUUCGAGGGGAGUCAAGGCCGACGACGACUUUGAUAUGGCGGCUAGUUUUUUGAACUUUUGCGCCAUGUGUGAGCGUCAAAUUACUGUCCCCAACAACUCCAUCCUCUACUGCAGUGAAAGUUGCCGCCGCAAAGACUCCGCAAAACCACUCUCGGCCUCUCUCCCAUCCAGCUCAACCCUCUCCACCAGAAUGGCCACCAACACCUACUCCUACUCCUCAACUUACACCGCAACCACCUCCCCACCAACUUCCCCUCCUCUCUCCCCACGAACUAUCGUCGCCCCCAUGACUCCCACUCGCAUCUCCUCCUCAACCCCAAUCCCAUCCAUCAGGAUACCCCCCACCAUCCACGCCGCCAAGUCAGAUCUCGACCCCACCGAAUGGAAGCCCGUAUUAGGCCCCCGCACCGAUAGCACCAGCAGCACCAGCUCGCUCGCUACCUCCGAUGCAUGGGGCUAUCUCUCCCAAUUCCACGGCGGAUCCUCCGUCCUGCUCACCCGUCGCUCGCACCGUAGCACGGCUAGCCUGUCUACCCUGGACGUCGCAGCAACUCCCUCGCUCACCCACGCGCCCUCCGUCGCAUCCUCGGUGUCGAGCUCUGCGUCUGACGAGCACGAGCAUGAGCACAUGCACCGCCCGCUCCCGCCGCGACACAACCCUUUCUUCUCGCUCUCCCACGCCGCGGAGAAGGGUAUGGCGCUGGUCGUCCCGCACGUCGCAGCCGUUGCGGUCCGGGAUGCCGAGAGUGACAGCGGUUCUAUCUUCCCCGCUAGCAGUGCUGUCUGGGAAGAUGACGUUGUGACCAAGGGUAGUGCACCUAUCAUGGUCCGUGGCCGUAGCCGUGCGACCAAGGUCUAG